CUCGGCAUCUCGCCGCCUCCACCUUGGAGACCCGAGAAUCUCUAGCUAUUCUCAGAUACAAUUUUCUUCGAUUCUGUAUCUGUCUUCACGUCAAUUUACUCGGAUUAUCAGGAAUUGGGAAAUAGUGAGACGACUCAGCCAACAUGCCAGGAGAAAUCUAUAACGUUGUCAAGCUCGUCCCGAAGCCGGGCAAAUUCAACGAAGUUGUUGAAGCAUUCAAAGUCCUCUCCAAGUUCAUCGAGGAGCACGAACCGAAGACUCAGAUCUACUUCGCCCUUCAGCCCCAGGGAAGUGAGGAACUUGUUCUUGUUGAGAAGUACACUGAUGCGGACAACCUGAAAGCUCACGCCUCUACCGCGGCUUUCAAGCAGUUCGGAAGGGCAAUCGGGCCUCUUCUCGCGCAAAAGCCGGAUAUUAGGAGGGCUUCGUUCUUAGCCGGUGUUGAGGGGAGGUCGAAGCUUUAGAAGCCUUGCUAGCUGGGCUUUCCUUGGUACCGUCUCUUGAUACUCGUCCUUUAGUGGACAUUUUUAGGUAGAAAGAAGAUGCAAGAGUUAGAUAUAGUAUUAUAAUCCGUGGUGUCUGUCUAUGGUCUAGAUAUCUAUUAGUUGUUGCCUUGGUCUUUAUAGCUUCCCUUCAUUAAGACCAUUCAGCCGAAGCAUGCUGUCCUGGUAGCUCGUCGCUAUCAGUUUACCAUCC